GGACGGGCAGUGUAGCGCAGGGAUAUGCGUCCUGCCUUUAUCCGGGGCAAAUGGUUGUCCCGAACGCUGGAACUUGCCACCGGCCUGGGAAGGAGGACGUGCAGCUCUAGGGAGUCAGGGAGGGAGGUGCGUGUCAGAUUUGCACCCAGUCCCACUGGGUUUCUGCACCUAGGGGGCUUGCGCACAGCACUCUAUAACUACUUGUUUGCCAAGAAACAUGGAGGGGCUUUUAUCCUGCGCCUUGAAGACACGGACAGGAGCCGGCUGGUCCCUGGGGCAGCUGAAAGCAUUGAGGACAUGCUGGAAUGGGCAGGUAUCCCACCAGAUGAGAGUCCGAGGCACGGCGGGCCCUGUGGUCCUUAUGAGCAGUCGAAGCGCCUUGAUCUCUACCAUGUGGCGGCACAAGCACUGCUAGACAGUGGGGCAGCAUAUCGUUGCUUCUGUACCCCACAAAGACUGGAGCUGCUGAAAAGAGAAGCGAUGCGAAACAGGCAGACGCCACGCUAUGACAACCGCUGCCGGCAUUUGACUCCCAAACAAGUGGAGGAGAAGCUGUCCCGCAAUUCCCCCUUUGUUAUCCGUUUCUUUCUGCAAGAGGGCGCCCAGCCCUUUCAGGAUCUCGUAUACGGCUGGACUCAGCAUGAUGUGGCCAGUGUGGAGGGCGACCCAGUGAUUCUAAAAGGAGAUGGUUUCCCCACCUACCAUCUAGCUAAUGUAGUGGACGAUCACCAUAUGUGCGUGAGUCAUGUGCUCAGGGGAGCGGAGUGGCUGAUUUCCACAGCCAAACACCUACUCUUGUAUCAAGCCCUGGGCUGGCAGCCACCACAGUUUGCUCAUCUCCCUUUAUUGCUUAACAAGGACGGCUCCAAACUUUCUAAACGACAAGGGGAUAUCUUUAUCCAGCAUUAUGUGCACAGUGGUUACCUCUCUGAUGCCCUUCUGGACCUCAUCACCAACUGCGGUUCAGGAUUUACUGAAAACCAGAUGGGUCGUACUGUUGACACCCUGAUCCAGCAAUAUGAACUGGGCAAAACCAGCACCCAUUCUGCGCUGUUGGAUUUGGACAAGCUCCCAGAGUUUAACAGAAUUCACCUCACCAGGUGGAUUGAAGGCACAGAAACCCGAGUUCAGCUGGUCGGACAACUCCAGGUCCUGCUAAAGGACACAUAUAAAGAUCUAGAGUUGGAUGAAAAGCACAUUGAGCGGAUAUUAUUGCUUAGAAAGGGGCACUUGUGUCGGCUGACGGACCUGCUGUCCCCUGAAUAUUCCUACCUGUGGGUCAGGCCUUCGGUGACAAGGGAACAGCUGCAGUGCCUCACAAGUGAAGCCAGUAAGGUCAAGAACCUUGUAGUGAGGCUCCUGCAAGAGAAUGACAGUGGCUUCACCCUGGAAACAUUAAAUGGGGAACUGAGGAAGCAGCUGAAACAAGUGAAAGACACAAAGUACAGCAGCGCUAUGAAACUGCUCCGCGUGGCUCUGAGUGGCCAGGAGCACGGGCCAAGUGUUGCUGAAAUGCUGCUCUCCCUGGGACGGCAGGAAUCUAUUGUCCGGCUGCAGAACGCUCUCCCUGACUGAAGACUUCUCGCUGUUCCUGUGACAGAGUAGCACCUUAAUAAAUGUAUUUUGAUAAAA